AUGGGGGACAGUAAUUGCGGAUUCUGGGUCGUAUUGACUUUGUUUGGUAAAGGGGAGGAUGUCCAUGAGCUUGUUCGUCAUGAUCUUAUCAAAGAAUUGGUAAACCAUAAAGACUCGUACAUGCGGGUAUUUGGAGAUGAAACUAAAUUUGAAUCGGUAAACGAGGCUCUUGUUCCUUGGGGUGGCGCUUACGCACCGGUUUCACGUUGGAUGAGAUUCCCAUACAUGGGGCAUCUUAUUGCAUUCGCACAUGACAUCAUAUGCAUUGACUUGACGCGUUACGUUUACUUGAAAUCGGGAUGCCCCAUACCACCUACUUCACCGGAAUGGGCACUUUAUCACAUCGAAGUUGCUGAUACGUGGCCAGACCGUUUUGUGGAUAAGAUGCACGAUUUUGAAAGGUUGAACAACACCGAGAAGGAAUCAAAUGCCGAAAAGUCAAGAUUAGAACCUCCAAUAGAUUUAGCCGGCGAUAGCUCUUUUGAUGUAUUUAUGUAG